AUGCAGCGAUUCGACUGGGCCCACACGCUACGCCGCCAUGCUGCAGACGAGGCGGAGCGGCGCAUGGCCCGACGCAGGAGAAAGCGAACACGCGCCAUGCACCCAGACACCGGCGCACAGCAGCCGCCAGCGCCCGAAGCACCACCAACAACGCCGCACUGGUGGGGAGCGGAGCGGAUCGAGGGGUGGACGCAGCAGGCGUCGGACAGCGUCGUCCGUCCCUUUGUCGACGUCGCCACCCUCCUCCGCCGCAUCGAGGCACGCCUGGCAGAGGUGCGCCAGCACGGCACCCACACGAAAGAGGCCCCCGCCUUUGCCUUUGCGCUCGACACUGUCCUCGCAUGGCUAAAGGGCCAGCUGCUCGACUGGGCACGCUCGCGCUCCCACAUCGUCGAUGCUGCGACAGCGCGACCGACGCAGCGGACGCGCUCCUCCAGACUGCCGCCGGCGCCGCCGCCCACCGCCUCUGCCGCCAUCCUCAACGCGGCUGCCGAGCUCGAGGAGCCACUCAAGGUCCUCGAGACGCUGGCCGACCUGCUGUCGUGCGCCACUUCGCGCGCGCCGCCGCUCAAGCCUCUCGCCUGGCUCCGCUCGGCCUCGGCCUGCCUCACCCACCUCCAUUCCCACCUGGUCGCAUCCACCGCCGCGUGCGCCUCGCCCCUCUCGCAGGCGCUGCUCGCCUACCUCCUCGACCGCACCUCGAUGACGUGGCGCACCGACGUAGCCACGUGGAUCGGGUGGCCCGGCUACGCCUCGAACCGCACGGGCGAGAUGGACGAGGACCUGGUGGCGCUCAGCACGCGCGACAGCGCCCGGUCGAGCGGAAAGUGGCGCGAGUCGAAGCGCGCCGUGCCCUGGUCGGGCGCCGAGAUCGAGUGGGCGCUCGACGAGAGGGGAGAGGAAGACGUCGGCUACAUCCUGCGCCCCUCGGCGGUGCCCUCAUUUGUCGGCCUCGGCGACGCCAGGGACUUUCUCGAGGCCGGCAGGGCGCUGCGCCUCCUCAAAAAGGCGGCGCCACCGGGCCAUCCGCUCGUCGCAGCGUGGACGCUGACACUGCCCGAGGGCGAUAGCGGCGGCUGCGGCAGCAUCGACGAACUGGCGUCGGCACCUCUGCCCCUCCCCACGUGGCUAUGGCAACAGGCCGAGGCGCAGCAGCUCUCGCUCGCGACGAGCGCCAGGGUGUCCAAGCUGCGGCUCGAGGUGGCGCGCUGGAGACGCAAGCGGACGCGCUCGCUGCGCCGCACCACACACGGCAGCAGCAGCGCCGAUGCCACGGCGGCCAGCUUCGACGACCGGCACAGCGCCUUGGGCAUCUCUUCGCCGCCCACGCCCAGCGCCGUCGACCCGGGCGCAUCGUCGUCGACGCCCGCCGACGAUCUCGUCGCCUACCUCGCCACCUACCUGACCGCUUUCUCUGGCCACGCUUUCACAGGGCGGGAAUCGUCGGAGCGACGGGGGGCUCUCCACGCCCGCAUCAACCCGCUGGCGCUGGCGCAGCGCACGCGAGCCUCGCUCGUGACGCCGCUACAGACGUGGUCGCGCCUGAUCAACUCGGCGCUGAUCAGCGUCUUCUUCCAGGACCUCGGCCUCGCCGCCUACCUCGAGACGUGCAAGCGCUUCCUGCUGCUGGGCAGCGACCUGUUUGAGCGGCGCAUCACGGCGGCCCUCUUUGGAGCCGGCGAAGGCGAGGACGGCGAUGGCGACGGCGGAGAUCCAGUCCACCUCGGCGCCGGGGCAACGGCAGCGGCAGCGGUCGCGGGAGGCCCGGUGGCGCUGAGCAAGAGGCUGACGAUGGACGGCAAAUGGCCGCCGACCGACGCGCUGCUCUCGUCGUCGCUCAACUCGGCCGUGCUCGAGACGGUGAGCGGGCUGCGCGCGGCCAACACGGAACGCAUCGCGAUGGCGUCGCGCCUGGGCGGCUGCACUGCCACCGCCAGCACCUUGUCCGAAGCGGCCGGGCGGGGCGAAGGUUCGCAGCAGCAAGCCGGCGAGGACGCCGCCAUCUCGCUGGCGCUCAAGGACCUCGACGACCGGCUCUCGUUCGCCGUCAUCGACCCGGAAUCCACAUCCGCUGCCCGCGGCGGCGGCCCGGAGUCCUCAUCCUCGGCCAACAGCAGAAAGGCCUGGACGGACCCGCACAGCAUCGCCGCUCUCGAUUGGCUCACGCUGUCGUUCCACCCGCCGCCGCUGAUCGCGCCGCUGCUGACCCAGCUGGCGCAGAUGCGCUACCAGCGGCUGUGGAACCUGCUGCUGCGGUUCAAGCGGGUGCGCGUAGCGAUGCGCGCCGCGUUCCAGCAGUGCUUUGGCAAGACCAAGACGACGACGGCAGCAGCGGCGGCGUCUGGCGGCGUCGGUAGGGCUGCGUAUGGCGGUGGUGGUGAGGAGAUGGACGCGCCGACGCUGGCCUUGGCGAGGAGGCUGCACUGGACGGCGCGGCACUUUCUCGACGUCGUCGAGGGCUACAUCCACGAAACCGGCAUCGAGGCGCACUGGGAUGCGUUCAUGCACCGCCUUGCCCGAGUGCGGCACAGCGUCGCCGACGACGUGGCCGUAUCAUCGGCCUCGACGCAUGCACCCGCGGACGGCCCCGUCGAGGACGAUGGCGACCAUGACGAGUCGAGCGACUCUGACGACGAGCGGGACCACGACAACGAGACCGGCGGCGGCGGCGGCGGGAGGGGGAUGCACGAGCUCAAGGACGUCUUUUCCCUCUCGCGCUACCAUGAGCGCGUGCUGGACCGGAUGCUCGAGACGUGUUUCCUCAAGCAGCGCCAGCGCGCCCUCGCGCGCAUGCUCUCGGACAUCCUCCAGAUCCAGCUCGACUUUUGCCACGUCCUCUCGUCGUCGUCGUCGUCGUCUUCGUCGUCGUCUUCGUCGUCGAGGAGGGCGGAGAUCGAGGAGAUCGAGAUCCGACACUCCAAGAGGGUGCGGACGUUCCUCAAGGCCCUCUUGGUUGUUCGGGACCGGGGCUCCUCGACCCCUACUUCCUCUGCCGCUGCUGGUGUCGAAUCGGGCCGGGACGACGAGGGGCCGGUGCUGGGCGAGAGGAGGAGGGAUGUCCAAGUCGAGCUCGAGAGGCAGCAGAGGGAGUGGGACGAGGACCUCGACCUCCUCGAUCGCGGCGGUGGGCGAGGGCGAGCGGGACGAGCGGAACGAGCUCACGGCGCGACCGCAUCGACACCGGCAUCGGCAAAGGUGGACAACGUCGAGAUCCUCCUCGGUCGGCUGGACGCGGGCGGAUUCUACCUGCGCGAUCGGGGUGGAUACUAG